UUGAUUGGCUAAAGACCGCCACGGGGAGAGGAUGUGACGUCACGCAGGGGCGGAAAUGAAAGCUACUGGCUCCUCUUUCAUUCAGGGAGGCUUUACAGGGAGCGAUGGAGCCGUCCGGAGUUCUCAGCGCGGAGUCCCUGCGCGAGAGGCUGCUUCAGGGACUUGGGGCCGAGCACGUGGAGGUAGAAGAUACUACUCCUGGGCGCUGUGCUACAAGCUUCAAAGUUUUGGUAGUUUCUCCAUGUUUCCGAGGAAAAGCACUGUUACAACGACACCGACUGGUCAAUGAGCUCUUAUCUGAAGAGCUGAAGCUUAUUCAUGCGUUCGAGCAGAGAACACUGACUCCUGAACAGUGGGCAAAGGAACAAGAAGCUAAGUGAGACAAGCUUCUUCAGUGACAAAAGCAGCAAAUACUACAGAGACCAAAAAUUCUAAGAUGGUAAAGAGAAGCAGAUGUGAAUUGAAUUUAGCAAGGCGGGAAUUGCUUCAGGGGAAGCACUAUGACAGUUUGAAAAAGCAUGAAGCAGAAAAUAAAACUGGAGAAAGGUUGUAAGAUAA